CAAAUGUUUAACAAACUUAAUUUCCGUAAAAGGAAGACAAAAAUUUUCGAUGUGUGCGCGCCCUUAAAAGGAGUAGAUUUGGAUUUCACUUUCUAUGGAUCAAAGUAAAAACUUUAUUCAGAACGUGGGCAAUAUCUCUGGCCAACUGAAUAUCAGACAAUUGGAAAGAUCUGCUAUGGCCUACAAGCGGCUGUGCUUUGAAUUGGAGUCAAUAAACAGUCCACAACCGACUCCAUCCAUUGCUCCACCUUCUCCUCCUCUGACCCCUAUCACCACUCAGGGGCUUCGAGCAAGUGCAUCGGAAUUUGUGCCACAAGUGCCGCUCAACAGCGACAGAAUUCCGACCGAUAUGGAGAAUGAACAAGAUGAGUACUCGGAUGAUGAUGGCUACGAUGUUGAACGCGCCAUGAGAGCUCCCAAGCCCGCAAUCUAUGGCCUUCGGUAUUACAAUAAUCACUAUGAUUCCGAGGAUGUGAGUGAGAAUCACUUAGAGGCGGAAAAGAAGAGAAAGUUUAGCUAUAGGGCUCCAAAGUUCCGCCCAAAUCAACCAUCUGGGCGUCCUCUAAAAACUGAAUCAAGUUCAGUAUCCGCUACGCCCGCGGAAUUUUCCAAUGGACAGCCGCAUUUUAAAGGACCCUAUAUGCCACUCCUGCAGCAUCGUAUCGCCAAUGCUGAGGCUUACGGGCUUAUCAGGGGUCCCAACGAACGGAACAGUCUGCUUCUAGAAGACAUGGUUAAGCAGCUGGCCCGUCUAGAACACUGUCCCUUCAAUCUUAAUUCGCUUUUUCGGGGCAGAAGCCCACAGAACAACUCAUCAUAGAUAGCCUAGUAUUCUCAAUUAAAUUUGAAGAGUUUCUUAAUAAAAGAAGGCGCUGAAUUAGUCGUCGAAUUGCUAUUCA